UCUCCGAGCCACCACCGUCGGGGUUCAUAAAUGCGUCACCUUGCGGCAGGCUCCGCGCCGCGCAGGCAGAUUUAGGUGUGUCGUCUCCGUCCUUGCUUCACCGGCCAGCGCAAGGUACGCACGCUAGCAUCAGAAUCCAACCCACGCGACCCAACCCUCACCUGCUCUGCCCCAUCGCUCCUCGCCUGCCUCCCCCGGCCCCGUCUCCGUCUGUCCAUCCACCUCGCCGACCUUCUUCCCAGCUCCUCACGCCGCCCCUCCCUUCCUCCCCCUUCGCGCAAGGCCUCCAGGAAGGAUGGACGUCGAGUACCACGAGGAGUACGUGAGGAACUCGAGCGGGGUGCAGCUCUUCACCUGCGGCUGGCUGCCGGCCUCCACAUCGCCCAGGGCGCUCGUCUUCCUCUGCCACGGUUACGGCAUGGAAUGCAGCGGCUUCAUGAGAGCGUGCGGCGUGCGGCUGGCGGCGGCCGGGUACGGCGUGUUCGGGAUGGACUACGAGGGGCACGGCAAGUCCAUGGGCACCCGCUGCUACAUCCGCAGCUUCCACCGCCUCGUCGACGACUGCGACCGAUUCUACAAGUCCAUCUGCGGGCUGGAAGAGUACCGGAGCAAGAGCAGGUUCCUGUACGGCGAGUCCAUGGGCGGCGCCGUGGCGCUGCUGCUGCACAGGAAGGACCCCACCUUCUGGGACGGCGCCGUCCUCGUCGCGCCCAUGUGCAAGAUAUCGGAGAAGGUGAAGCCGCACCCGCUGGUCAUCACCGCCCUGACGCAGGUGGAGGACAUCAUACCCAGGUGGAAGAUCGUCCCGACCAAGGACGUCAUCGAUGCCGCCUUCAAGGACCCCGACAAGCGCGAACAGAUCAGGAAGAACAAGCUGAUCUACCAGGACAAGCCGCGGCUCAAGACGGCGCUGGAGAUGCUCAGGACCAGCAUGUACGUGGAGGACAGCCUGUCCAAGGUGAAGCUGCCCUUCUUGGUCCUGCACGGCGAGGCCGACACCGUGACGGACCCGGAGGUGAGCCGCGCGCUGUACGAGCACGCCGCCAGCACGGACAAGGCCAUCAAGCUCUACCCGGGGAUGUGGCACGGCCUCACCGCCGGCGAGCCGGACGAGAACGUCGAGGCCGUCUUCUCCGACAUCAUCGCGUGGCUCAAUGCGCGCAGACGCGUCUGGACGCCGGAGGAGCGCCUGACGAAGAUGUUGGCGGCGCCCAAGAAGCCCGACAUCGACGAGAAAGAACACGGCUCCACGCGGCCUCGGCGGCAGCGCCGGGGCUUCCUCUGCGGGCUCACCGGCCGGACGCAUCACCACUCAGAAAUGUAGCAUGCAUGUAACAUAGUGCUACAAGAUCUGCUCAGUUUAUAACCAAUGGCGAAUAAGGGGCCGAUGUGUGAGUAACACGCUUGUAACAUAAAUAGAGGCAGAUAGAUCAUUCCCUUCCCUCCAUUGCAGUGAACAUUUUUUUUUGAAAGGUUGCAGUGAACAUUUACUCAAACUGAAAACAUGCUAUCUUGUUGUGUUUCAUUUUUAA